AACUCAGGAUAGUAAAACAAACGCAACAGCGCCCCGUGAAGCCGUGACCACAGAAGCAGCAGAGUAACGCAGCAGCUAAAUACAUAGCCAGAAAUGGCGACGGCAAUUUACUUGGAGCAUUAUUUGGACAGUAUUGAAAACCUGCCCUGUGAGCUGCAGAGGAACUUUACUUUGAUGCGAGACCUGGACAAUAGAACUGAAGAAAAGAAAGCAGAGAUUGACAAGCUGGCUGAAGAAUACGUGGCGAAUGUGAAGAACUUGGCUUCGCAGCAGAGAGUGGAACAUCUACAAAAGAUUCAAAAUGCCUACAGCAAGUGCAAAGAGUUCAGCGACGAUAAAGUCCAGCUUGCAAUGCAGACGUAUGAAAUGGUGGACAAACAUAUUCGGCGGUUAGAUGCAGAUCUGGCUCGGUUUGAGAACGAGCUCAAGGAGAAACUGGAGUUGAGUGGAUAUGAGAGCACAGAUGGAAGAGGGCUGAAAAAAAGCGAUUUGCGCGUACAGAGAGAUAAACGUGGAUCCAGGGGACGGGGGCGGAAAGGUUCUGAUGAAGACUCUCCCAGAAAGAAAAAGAUAAAGAACAGUCCAGACUUGACUGAAGCUCUCCUGCCAAUGCAACCGUCUGACGUUUUGGACAUGCCUGUUGAUCCCAAUGAGCCGACAUACUGCUUGUGCCAUCAGGUGUCAUACGGAGAGAUGAUUGGCUGUGAUAACCCUGAUUGUCCAAUCGAGUGGUUUCACUUUGCCUGUGUGGACCUAGCCACAAAACCAAAAGGGAAAUGGUUUUGUCCAAGAUGCACUCAGGAGAAGAAGAAGAAAUGAGAUUUUCAGUCGGACAUCCGUUAUACGAGGAUCUUUGUUGACGUCUUUUUUCAUCUUUGUGCGCAUGCGCGAGUGGUUGUGUGGCAAGAUUACGCGCAAUAUCAAUACACGACAUACACUUCCAUGAGAGUUUGCGGGUGAAAUCCUCGAUAUAUAAACACUUAAAAUCUGUACUGAAGGCUAAAUUAAAGUUAUUUAAAGAGCAAGUCACCCCCCACCAGUCUUAUUCCACUUCUUGUUUGAAAAAUACAACGAACGCUGUUGCCUGGCAGACCGAGAGGGUGGAGCCCCUAACAAAUACACACACAGGCUCACAACACCAUUGUGACAUCAUAAUGUACCAGCUAAUACCUCUAAGCCAAUAGCAAUGGCAGAUUUAAAUUCAAAUGCAGUGCAGAGUUUUGACCUGAUGUCGGCGCAACACUGACAGUUUUAUGCAGAUUAUUUGAAUUUUAACUAAGAUGCACUAAAGUCCCAAAUUAUUGACUACACUUGUCUACAGCAUGAGUACACUCAUUUAUGUAGUUUAUCAGCAAAAAAAAAAGUUGAUUUACGGGGUGACUUCCUCUUUAAAGCCUGUAUGAGCUCUGGGAUGAUGAAAAACGUUAGGUGGCUGUUCUACAAAUCUGCUGGUGAGAUAUUUAUUCCUAUUUAUUAGAAAGCCCUGGGCCCUUUAUGAAAAAUUAAAGGCUUUCAAACGUUUGGAGGCCUACGAUUUUUUUUAUUUCAAGGAAAGUUGGGCCGUUCUCUUCAGCGGUGGUUGUGCUAAAGCAAGAGUCCGCUCUGACAAGCAGUGAUUCACAUCACCUGUUGUCAGAGAAAACCGAUAAAUUCUCACUGCGACUGCAAAGCCGGUAAGCCUUCAUUUAAUCAGUGUCCUUAUUUAUUAUAAUGAUUGUGUGUUGAGACACCUGAAUCAGAACAUGAAAACAACAUGAUGCCGUGGAUUUAAAAAUACACAAAGAUGAUUUAAAAAAAACAUCUCUAACAAAUACUUAGUCACAAGGACUUGCCAUGAACGAAAUGAGCCUCACAAACUCCAUCACCGCAGGAAUCCAGAGUAUCUCCAAAGAGUCAGUCGCUUGCAAUCUUUCAUUUUUUGCGUUUGUUUAUGUAGGAAAUUUCAAUAAAACUUCUUAUCAAGUCUCCCAUGGGCCAAACAAACAACCACACAGCGUCGCUAAAUCCUCCAGACGUGCAAGAAUAUUGAAUUAUAGGUUAAAUACACGGUUUCUUGCCACACACUCCCACAAUGCAAUGUGAAAAACAAACAUUGACGUCAAAAAAGAUCCUAUUGGUCAGUGUGUUUUUGAUGUUAAUCUAGUAUAUACUUGUUAUAAUUUUCCAUUGAAAAGGUGAUUCAUACGGCUUUUUAAAAGACCUACUUUGAAGUAGUGCAAAGCUAAACAAUUAACCUUUACUGGCUUCACGGCGUCUGAGCUAAGCUGUCUGUCGUUUUUCUGAUAUAUUAUCUGUGUAUUCUGGGCCUGGUCAGAAAAUCUCUCCUCUGAAGUAAUGAGCUGUAAAUAUAAUCAGGACUAACAGAAGUAAGUCCGAAGUCCCAAGUUGUGGCUAUAGCACACUUGAAAUGUCAGUUUUAUAAAGAAUUAUUUUUUUAAACGAACGAAUAGCCUGCUGAGAAUUUACAUCUGAAACACCUAAAUCCUUACUGAGACGUGAUGGUAAGUGGAAGCAUGUGUCAGAUUUGUUCUUCGUUACUACCUCUUUAGGGUUUACAUCAGCACUGAGUCAAUGACUGCAACUAAUAGUGGGGUUUAUUUCGAAAAUAUAUUUUGAUUAGUUUAAACCAAACGAGCAAAUGUAUACUGAUUGAGAACAUUUCAACAAAAGCCUAUGACAUUUUUGAAUGUAUCGUGGUACUUAGUGGUCAAUGUAUCCUGUCAACAGAAUAUCAUAUUUAAGCACUUUGAAAUUUUCCCCUUUAAGAUGUUUGAUAAUCCAGGCUAAGUUUUAAUCGUGGUUAUCUCCUGUUAAACUUUUUCGUAGCACUUCCAGUGGUUUCCUUAGUUUGGUCGAUUUUCGGAUGGUGGCCUGUGAGGUCCAUAGUGAUAAAGAAAACACUGGUACGUCAAACCAUCUAUGGAAAUAUUAUAUAUAUAUAUAUAUGUUUUGUAUAUUACAGUAUUUUGUAGACACAUUUUCCAAAGAGAUAUUUGUUGUAUUGUUCAUCAUUGGGAUACACUCAGAUUUACCUUAAUAGGAUUUUAGCAGCUUUCUUCAUAUUUGACUGUGUCUCAUUUAGGUGUAAGCCACAAAUAUAAAACCAAAGUCUAUGUAUUUUGUAAAAUUCUGUCUUUUAUAACAAAUAAAGUGAACUAUAACUUAGUUAUGCCUUGUUAACUGUAGUUUGAAAUGGAGCUUGUCACAAGCUAGUUGUGGUUGGGUCAUUCGUCCUCUUAAUUAUGCUCCAAUGUCUUGUUUCCCAUAUUCAACAAUAAAGGUUUCCUAAACAAUCUGGUAACUUCUGUAAUUGUGUUCAGAUAAACAACGCUUGUCAACGUGUCACAUAUUUGAUGUUACUUUGCAAUGGGUUUCUGAUGGCAUUCUCAGACACGUAAGAGCUUUAAAAUCCAUCGUCUGACUCCUCAUCCCAGCUGCACUUUUCUUGAGAUUUUUUGCCAAAGUCAACUUCAAGGUCAUAAACAAAGUCUGGAUCGUCUUUGUGCUUCUUGUUCAUCUCAAACAGUUUGUCCAUUUGGCCCUUCUUGCGAGCUAAGAUUUCAUCAUCCAGCUUGUUCAGAUCUUCAUCUGCAUUCAGCUGGAAUGAGGCGAGGCUGUGCUCCAGACUGAAGCCCUGCAAGUGAUCUCGCAGGAUAAUGUGGAGUUUCUCCAGCUGGCUCUGGGAAACUCGAUCCAGAUAGUCCCUGUGCCUUGGGUGGUUUUUCAGAUUUUCAGCAGCUAGGCUGCAAUCUGAAAGAAGAAAUGAUGGAACCAAGGUUAAAAACUUCUUCACCGAUUGACCAGGUGUUCUUAGCUUGUAAUUGAGGCACACGUAAAAGGGUUAGUUAUGCUGUGUUCCAGUGUUUUGGUCACGUAUCAAGUUGUUGGUAGAUAUUUAGAUCCAAAGAAUUCAUCAUCAGGUUGGUGAGUCUGUGACACAUGAAUGUAAAACCCUUUUGAUGUUUAGGUCCUGGCUUCAUAGAUGUUUUAAGUCAUCGAUCGGAUAGUUGUAGUGCAUAUUAUUUUGAAAUAUACAAAAAGUACGCAUUAUUUUAUUUUGAAAACACUUUCAUCACAUGAUCGAGUUAGCAGCCAUACCCUACAAAGCUCCAGCAGGUGUUACAGCAAAAUCAGCAAAUUCCUAUCACUUUUUUGACCUAAAACUCUAUUGGGUUCCUUUUAACUUAGAGGCUUCAUUCAAAGUUUAACAAACUCACAAGACUUUCCUGUUUAACAUAUUAAAGAGACUUGUUGAUGGAUUUUACGGUUUUUCUAAAAUCGCAGGUAGAAGUUGAGGUAUGAUUUGAAAUUUUCAGAAAAAUUCACAAAAGUUAUAAUGGGGAAAGGUAGGAGCGGUGACCCUUCCUUGCUCCAUUUCUGGCGUUGUCCCGAGAGAACCGUAGGUCCGAUUGAAAUCAGACACACGCUGGCUUACAGCUAACGAAUAUACCUUCGUUUUGAGCUAUAAUUUAUGACUGUAAUCCAAACAUUGUGGUCGUACGGUUCAUUUGUUUGAGAAAAUUCAAAUUUAAAAAAAUGUCUCUCCCCACUCUAAACUGAAAAUUCUGCACUCUAACUUUUGAACUUCACAUCUUCUGUGAACAACUCUUUACUACCCCCAGACCGUUUGGACUACCAAAACAAAUUAUAACUCAAAAAGUAGGAUUUUUGUCAGCUUUUCAGAAUGGGUUUCAUUUUAUCUGUAAGUGUUACCGUUCUUUCGCUACAAGCCUCAGAAAGAGGAGAGACCCAGCUUUUCCCUCAUUGAAACCCAUGUUAAAGGAACAGAGAUUUUCUCCUCUGAUCGGCUUCAGACAGCUAAAAUGUUCUCGUCAUAGCUUCUAGACAAUUCAUGGUAGGCACAUAAAAAUUCACACAGAUGACCAUCAAAGCUUUCUGCCACUCACACUUUUUGAAUUUUUCAAUUCGGUGCAGUACUUUUCGAAUGGUGAUGAGAAGUUUGACAGGUCCAGUUUCACUUCUGAAGGACAGAUUUAAAGGCUUCUCUCAUUAACGGUACAGCUGCAGGCCUCCAACAGCCAGGGGAAAAGGCGGGAAAACAGUGCUGCUCUCUGAUUGGUUGAGAGUGUUCAACCAUUUUCUGUUCAAGCAGGAUCCAGCAUCCACACACAUGACACAUCAAAUCGACCAGCUUGGUCUCAGAAUCUUGUAUUCAAUUUUAAAUGUGUUAUCUGUUACCAUCAGGCCCGGAGUGGCUAAUCGGGAGGGUCUGGAGAAUUCCCGGUGGGCCGCGCGAUGUUUGGGCCGCAUGGGGCCGGUGCUCUCGUUUUUGUUUUUUAUCAUUUUAUUUUUAUUUUUUGGUGCCGGUGUUCAGUCAUGGCACUGAGGCCGCCGGGCUGAUCACAUACGCUCCUCCCGGCUGUCUCUGGCUGGCUCUACCUGCAGGCUGCAGCUCGUUUUUUUUCCCCAGUAUGCGCCUGUGCGCACCACGUGACCACGCAGUUGACGGAAAGAUGGAAAGUAGAAAGAGCAAGGGUGGCGCGGAGAAGGCAAGAAUUAAAAAGAGGAAAGCGUUGGAAACAGAUGCAGCCAAGGCCGGAUUAACCAUAUGGGCAACUGGGCAAUUGACCAGGGCCCACGAAGGGCCCAGGCCAGCAAGCGCACGAGCAAAAUACUGUAGGCAUGUCUGUAAUCUCCCGCAUUAUAUUAAACUAGGGUGACCGUAUGUCCGGUUUUCCCCGGACAUGUCCACUUUUCACUCUCUGUCCGGGCGUCCGGACUGCGGGUUCUUGUAUUGAUGAAAAUGUUCGGCUUUUCAUCCAGGAGCAGGGAUCGAAUUAUGGGGGAGCUGUAUAUCUUACACAUCCAGGGGAGCCGGAAACAAGUUUUCUAUCUAUAUUACAUCAUUUAUGGACUCUUCUGAGCAGAGAGCACAAAGAGCGGCACAGCGCGUUAUUGCGCAGCGAUCCAGGCAGCUGCGUCCAGCGCACGGUCCAUUCUCAAAGUGGCGCAACCAAAAAACUAUAAUUAGCACACGAUCGUUCAUGUCCGCACAUAUUCUCUAUUUUCUGUCUUAUUUGUGCCUGAAGCGCUCUGCUGCUGCGCAGCUCAUCACAUGUGCUGCGCGGUGCUGCGGUGAUUUCACCUCACUGACGCAGCAUCGAAAGGCGCACUCCGCUUUGCGUUCAGGAGAUCCAUUUGAUCUGCUCAAAAGUAACUGAUGAGGUGAAAAAGUAAGAAUCCAGGCAGCAGUUUUUUCUGGAGAGUUUAGAGGAGACGCAGGAAGACGAGAGACAGACAGGACAGGAAAUAGUUCAAUAAAAACAAGAAAACAAAACUAAGUGUAAAGUAAAAUGUAGGUAGAUUUAUCUCCACUACAAGUUUUUACCAGUAUAAAACAAUAAGUUAUACACAUGUCAUAGUUAUACAUCUGAUACAAUUCAAAUCACCUUCAAAACUCAGUCACACACCCAGGGCCGUUUCAAGACAUUUUGGGGGCCAAGGCAAAAUGACCCCCCCCCCCCCCACCCACCCCAUAACUGGGCUCCCCAGAAGCCUCUGUGUAAUUGUUACCCUCUCCAGUAUUGUUAGUUAUCCAGUGUUUAUAAAAGCUCCUCAGACAUUACUGACAUGUUCUAAUAUUAUCAGAUGAAAUUGAAAGCCACUAUUUGUGGAUUCUCUGAAAGUUUCCAUGGAGUGUGUGACAACUUAUUUUAUCAUUGAUCCUAUCGUCUAAUCUCACAGCUGAAACAAGCACCCUUAAUAAUCUGUGCACAGGAAGCGUACCGAUGCUGUAGUAAAACAAAAGUUAUAAUAAUUUAUUAUUAUUAAAACCUUGUUGCAGCACUAAAGCAGAAAAAUGAGAUUUUGCAAUACAUAUGCUAAAUAUUUACAUAUGAAUUGUUUUAGAGCCCUUUUAUUGGCAGAAUCUGAUAUUAAUUUAGUUCUUACAAGAAAAUGGGUCCCAACGUGGUUUGUGUGGUGUUGCCAUAGUGUGAUGUCAUAGGCACAGAUCCCCUGUUCUCUUGUUUGGAAAUGGAAAUAUGAUCACCCUGUACUAAACAAACUGUCCACCCGGGCUUUUGUGCUGCACAGACGCUUCGCUGCCUAUGACUAAACGUCAGUUGAGAGUCAGUCUCAUGCAGACUGACCAAUGAAGAGAGGGCCUCAAGUUAAGACCCUCUCCUCAUUGGUCAGUCCACACAAGGUGGGUCAAAGGUUACCCUGAGCGGGUUACGUGAUGUCAGGCAUUCAAGCAUUGAGUAUAUUUACUGCAUAUUACAGUAAAAUAUUCUGUAUGUGACCAUAUUAUGGUGAUCCUUGGGUCGUGAUGAUGGGGCCCUUGAAUAUUGUUGCCCAGGGUACAACGAAGUCUUAAUCUGGCCCUGGAUGCAGCUAAAUGUGCAAAAAUGAGCACCUUUUUUUUCUCAAACAAGCUUGCGGUCUUUAACUUCAAAUGAAGAUAAAACGGGUAAGGCAAGUCAAGAUGUUAAACUUUACCGGCUGCAAAUCACCAUUCAAGUUAAUUAAGCAUCAAUAAUGAAUUAUAUGGCAUCAUGACAUAACGUUAUGUAAUAUAAUUUACAGUAUGAUGUGACUGAUGCCACCAAACUGUCUUGUCAGAGUCAAACACAAGAUCCAGUAGGCCUAAUAAGCACCAGGCAGAAACCCACAAUUCCAGAGCGGGCAUGUACUGGUAGGAUUACUUAUUGAGUCAGUGAACUGAAUAUUAUUGAAAUUUAUAUGAUGAAAACUAUCCUGGCUCUAUAUGAAAGUGUCCUAAAAUGCUAGAUGAUUCAGCAUUGAUCAGAAAGCAUGUAAAAAAGGAAAAUGAAUGCUGAAUUGUGACAAUUUUCACACAAUGUAGUGUCAGAAGAAGAGCCAGGAGCCAGCAGUGAGGGUAUUGCUCCUGUUGGGAUAGAAGGUGAGCCAACUCAUGUGCAAACAAGCAAACAUCAGUUUCAUUAUAAUAAUUUUAAUGCCCAAAUAAUAGUAGUGACCUGAUGUAUUUCUGUUAGUAAAUGCACAAAGCCCACAACAGAUCGUUAUUAGAAUGAAAGUAAAAUUAAAUAAGCCUGCAUAUUUUGCCAUAGAAAAUAUUUUAAUUGGUUACAAAGAUGUGUUUUCCAUAUCAAAUGUGCUAAAGCUUUACAGAUGAUUAUUUUAAUUGUGUGCAGGUGAGUCUAGGGAAACUGGAAAAAGUGUGAAAGGGAGUGCUGAGUCAGUUCAUUUUAAAGGUUUGAAAAUCUCAGAACAGCAGUUUGAACAGAAUGUAGAUUGUUAUAUUGUUAGAGAAUGUGUUGUAAAGAACAAUGUUGGAGAUGUGCACUGAUGUUCAAAUAAACCUACAUUGUAAAGCAACUCUUUCUUGCUUUACAAGAAAGAGUUGCUCUUUCUUGUAAAGCAACUCAACUCUUUCAACUCUUUCUUGCUUUACAAUUACAAGGCUUUA